AACCCCAGCAUCAUACAUCCCGCUGCAUUGCUACUCUGACCCAUCCGCAACAAUGCGCUACUCGACCCUCUUCGUCGCCGCCUCGGCCCUCGCCGGCUUCGCUGUCGCGCAGAACAGCACCCAGUACAACACGCCCAUCCCCUGCUGCAGCGUCACGCCCAGCUCCGUCGACCAAAACGACCGCCAAUCGUGGUGCCAGGCCAACCAAAACACCUGUGUCGAGCUCUGCGGCGGCCCCGGCCAGCUGUCGAGCAACGGCAACCAGUGCGACCCGUCAACGCUCAAGUACUCGUGCAAGUGCCGAAAUGGCACGGAUGUGACGAGCGUCAUGGACCAGUACCAGCAGACGGUUCCCGGCCAAAUGUGCCGUGUGUGGUACAGCAACUGCAUCUCUGCCUCGGGCACCGACGCCACGCAGCAGUUUGAGUGCGAGCAGGUGCUCAAGAACGUGUGCGGCAACAAGACGGUCCAGGAUGCUACCAACGCUGGCAACGCCGGCUCAUCGUCUGCCUCGGCCUCGAGCAGCCCCUCGGCCACGCGCUCGAGCGGCUCUGGCGCCGCUACCGGCAGCGCCUCUGGCAGCGCCGCCUCGUCGACGCCCACGCGCGGUGCUGCUGCCAACCUGGCCUUCUAUGGCACAUCUGCCCUGGCCGGCGGCCUCUUCGCCCUCUUCGGCAUGGCUCUGUAAAGGCGCAGCGCUCGAGAUGGGUCGAGGGCCGGUCCCUGUAGCACGGACGGUAUGGCAUGGACAAGGGACGCGCGGGGGAAGAGAGAGGCACAUCCGCCAGCGGCUGAGCGUUGGCGUUAACAUGGCAUUGGCUUUUUAUCUGCUCGGAAUUUUUUUGUUCAUCACUGCUGAUGGAGGGUGAGAGGUGCUUCUACGAGGAUACUUUAAUGCGAUGUUAUGAAAGGACACACGACUUGUAAUACCCAAUACUACUGAUACUGCC